GCAUCUCAAACUCAAAAUGUCCAAAAUGGAAUUCAUAUUUAUAGUAUCCCCUUCUUCACAUUCUUCUGAUUCCUAUUACUGUUAAGAGUACCACUUUUCCCCUUAGUCACCCAAGGCUGUGAUUUGUUUCAUCCUUUCUACCCUCUCUUACCUUAUGUAUCCAUUCUGUCUCUGAAUCAUUUUUACCUCACUAUCUCUCAUAAUACAUUCCCUUCUUUCUACUCAUAUAGCCUUGUCUAGUUAGUUCAAACUCUUUAAUACUUCAUUUGGACUGCUGCACUAGCCUUUUAUUUGGUCUCUUUGCUUCAAGUUUCUUCUGUACUCUAAUCCCAAACCACUUAAACUGUAAAUUGUGACCUCAUAUGGGGUUCAUAACUGAAUGUGGAGGUAUGCAGAAUGAACAUUAAUGUUUUAUUAUGCCUUUUUUAUAUACCUAUGUACCCAGAAUCAUGUAAAAAUUUCUCAGGUGAAAAGGGUUGAAUGGAAAAAAGGUUUAAGAAGCUCUGCUUUAAUCCACCUUGGAUUUAGCUGUGAAGAACAAGGAACAGUUACUUCAAGAUGAAAUUACCUCCUCAGUGUCUCAACUUGCCACAAAAUGAAGAGGAAGAAUAUCUGGUAUGGUUGAAAGUGCACUGUAUUGAAAGCCAAAAACCGUGGCAUGUUCAGGGAGCCAGUUUCCGAGGUUGGAAAGAAGUGACCUCAAUGUUUAAUAAAGAUGAUGAACAGCAACUACUAGAAAAAUGCAAAUCUCCAAAGUUUAAAGGAACUAAUUUAAGAAUAAAAGAAGAUAUGAAGACUGAAAAGAAAUCUGGAUUUUGGGACAGUUUGGUUUUAAAACAGAAUAUGCAAUCCAAGAAACCAGAUGAGAUCGAGGGAUGGGAGCCACCUCAGAUUACACUUGAAGAUACAGCCACUGAUUUAGGUGACUCUUCUAGGGACCAUCUCUCCUGGCCAGGUUGGGAAGAUGAGACUAAAGGUUCCACAAAAUACACCAACCUGACUAGCUCAGGAAACAGUUCCAGAUGGAGUAUCAAAUCAGCUGGGAAAUUGGUCAGCAUUAGACGGCAAAGCAAAGGUAAUCUUACUGAUAACUGGGAAGAAUUAGAAUGAUAGGAAUUUGAAAUACUACAUAAAUGAAAAUGUACCUUGAUGUUUAUGUAUAGUCAAACCAAAAUUUGCUCAAUAUUGCACCUGUAUGCUUAAUUUUGUUCAGAUUCUUAUAAAUAUUUUCUCUAUUAUUUUAAAUUAGUAUAUCAACAGAUGAUUCAUCUGCUUUCUUCAUUUAAAAAGAAUAGAAAACCUCUUUUGUGCCUAUUUUUCACAUUUGGAUUUUUCCAGUAUGUCAGAUUGUUGAAGUAACCAAAAAUACUGUAUUUCCUUUGUGAAUGUAUACACUGGUUUUGAAGUUGACUGCCUUAUCUAGAAACUUCUAGGCUCUUGGAAUCUCAAGACUUCUAAAGCUACAGAUGUUAAUUUUGAAUGAACUUUCUCUAAAAAGCCAGUGUUGAUUUGUAAUUUGCCACAAAACUUUUUUCAUGCCAGAUUUUAUUAUCUGAGAAUCUUUCCUUGUUUUUUUAAUUAGUCAUUCUGUUUCUGUUUGUAUGUUGUAUGUAAUAUGAGACUGUAGCAGUUGUACAAUUCUCUUCCAUUGUUAGAAAUGUGCAGUCAAUAAGUCUUCCAGAGGUUAGGCUAAAAUUUAUUUAAUUUAGCAAAAAAUUAAAACUUUACCUUUAAAAAAACUUGAUUAAACAGUUAAAUCAGAAAGUUAAGUUAUAAUUGAGUGUCAAAAAUAUCCAAAUAUAUAUAUAUAUAUAUUCUUGCAGUGCCUGUGGAGAAAUAGUUUCUAGUUUGCACAUAAAUUGUAAUGAUUUUGGCUUUGUUUUGAUUUUAUUUUUCCUUAGUUCUCCUUUUUGACUUUAAAUAUUGAUCUUUAUUUUUAAAUUAUUUAUUCUAAAAAGUCACUGUGUUUUUGUGUUGUCAGGGUAACUAAGGAAUGAAAAAGAAUGUGUGCUUACUACAUGUCUUGGUACUUUUAAUUUUAGUUUGGAAAUUAAAUUGAUAUACUUCUGUUCAUUACAGAUUUCAAACUGUAUAUAAAAACUGAAAGUGCCUCUUUUUCUAUCAUAACCACAGAUCUGGGGUUAAUUCUCAAAAUGAUAUUCUUAAUGUAAAGGGUGUUAGUUAUAUCUUGUCUUGUUAAAAAAAUGCCUAUUUUUAGCAGAAAAAUAAUUUAUGUGGCUGAUCCAUUAUUAUCACUAUGAAGUUAUUUCUUGAAGUAAAAAAAAAAGUUUUAAAUCUCUAAAUUUUAUUGUUGUCUUUAACUAUGUGCUUGCUCAUGUCAGGUGUCUUUAGCAAUAUGCCACUUCACCAGGGAUUCUUAGAUAUCUCUUUUAUCUGAAUUACCAACUUGUUCGAGAAGGAAAAAAGUCAUAGCUUUUAUUGGUAAAGAAUAGUUUUCCUUGGGGUUUUUUCAGGAGGCCCUUAUAUGCUUUAAAAUAUUCAGUUUAUCAACAUUAUUGUAUUAUACCCUGUAAACCACACAAUGCAAAUAUAGUUCUGUUCAGCUCAAUUUAAGUGGACUUUUUCCAAUUAACAUCUCCAUGGAAUAUUCAAACAUGUCUGGUAGUAAAAUUCUUAAAUAUGUAAAGAAUUCCAAAAAAAUAUUGAAUUUUAGGAAAAAUAUGAUCUUUGAUAAGAAUAUUCAGAAAGAUGCUGUUUUGAAAAUGGACAUGAAAUAAUUUUAAUUAGGUUUUUUGUUCGUAGUGUAAUAGAAAGCUUUUUAAAUACUAUACUAAUUUGCCUUGUUAAGAAAGAAAAAUAAUUUGCCUCAGGUAAAUAAGUUGAUAUUUGUUUUUUGUUUCCAGCAUCUUUGCAGCAGUGUAUGCUAAAAUCACAUAAGGAUGUAUUCCAUAAUUCAUAGAUCUAUUUCAUAGUUUAUUUUAAAAAGUUUAAGAUCAGGAAAGCAGUGUUUUGACAUGUUUUCAGCUAAUACUGAUACAAGAUUGUAGAAUCGAUUCAAUUGAAGACUGUAUAACAAUCCUUUAGCUGAGAGAGAGGUCAGGAAAUGCCAUUACUUUUUUCUUCUUAUUGGGAGUUCUGUUAUACCGUGACCAGUAAGGAUCUUUAUGCCUUGCAUAGUUUAUUGUCAAGUGCCUGUAUUUCACCUUUUAAUAUAUUCGUGAUACACAGCUGGAGAAAUAGCCCUGUAUAAUUACAAAAAAUUUCCCAUAAUCUGAAAUAUUCUGAAGUUAAAACUUUAUUUGGAUCAAAUUUGCUGUAUAACUUAUCUGAAUUUUUCCUUCCUACAGAUGACACAUAUUAAAGUAAAAUAUUAAUGUUUUCUAUCAUAAUUGUGUCUGAUUUUGUGGUAAAAUAUGUUGUGAUUUUAAUAUAAUUAUUUAUUAUAUUUUAUAGCAUAAUUUCUUUUGAAGAAAAUUUCACUAAAGUGAGUUUUUUUCCCCCAAAGGCAUUUCAUUAAAUCUCUGAAUCAGAAAAUAUUGAGGCCUUAGUUUAUGAUUUAAAUGUUUAUAUAUCCUGAAUAUGAUCAGGAGUACUGUAUGCAUGUAACAGGAAUAGUAUUUAACUCCUUAAGGUUUUGUUUGAUUUUGAUGAGAAAUUGGUUAUACUUCACAAAAGGUAGAUUAAGAAUGAAUUUUAAGGUUAUAUAAAAAAUAAAA